AUGCGACAACCCCCCGUCGCACUCGCAGCACGGCCGCUGGACACGCCCCAAGGCGACCCAGCCAAUGCGCCUGCACCCGCCUCCCCUCCCCCUUCCACCCCCGGAUCCGCACCAGCACCCGGGGCUGACCCAAGCAGCAGCGGCAACAGCAGCAGCACCAAUAGCAGCAACAGCGCCAGCAGCGGAGGCAGCGCGCCGUUCAACAUGUCAGCAGACAGCAUCAAGCACGGCUACGACUUCUCCUGCCUCUUUAAAGACGUCCUUAGUACCGACUGCCGGAACAAGCCUGCGAGCCCCUGGGCCGUUAUGACCGCUAUGAUCAUCUUCACUAUAAUCGGACUCGUUAUAGGCGUGCCGCUCUGCAUCUUCUACCGCAACAGCCAGGCCGCGAAGAGAAAGCUCUUCGCGUGCUGCUGCCCGCAGAGAUUGGAAGAACUGGCCGAGGAGGAAGAGGCGAAGAAAAAGGCAAAAAUCGCGCAGCCGAGACCGUGGGAGCUGCAGCAGCCGGGGGUGAAAUCCGCGUUAAAGAGCAACAGCAGGGGGGGAGAGGAGGAGGACGGUGAGGAUAGCGACUGGGUGAGGUCGGAAGACGAGGAGGACGUGGAGUGUGGGCGAGGGAGGGGCGGCAGCAGCCGAGAUACAAAGCCGCCUGUUCCUCGCUCAAGGAGCUCGCAGGCAGGCGCAGCAGCAGCAGGACCAGGAACAGCAGGGGGGGUGCCGCGGGCUGUGUCGGCUGGUUCCUCCGCCUCUGGUGGUGGUUUCUCCAAUGGUGUGCGGCGCGUGGCAGCUGCUGGGCCCGCAGGCAGAGGGAGGGGAGGCGGAGGGAUGGGGAGAGGGAUAGGUGGGGGGAUUGGGCGAGGAGGAAGGGGAGGGAGAGGGGGAGGGAGAGGCGGGGGAGUGCCGCGGGCGAUGUCAGCGCAGGGGGCAGUGGCGCGGUCACUCUCUGUGGAGGCAGCAGCAACGGGGAGAGGGCUUGCGGGCGGCCAGGGCGUGCCCAGAGCUGUGUCUGCGGAAGCAUCCAUACACGCAGGGGACAGUCAGAGAAUGCUGCCAGGGGCGGUAGGAGUAGGUGGUGCUGGGGUGGGCGGUUUUGGUGCAGCAGGAGCAGCAGGAGGAGCAGCAGGGAGAGCAGAUGGGCUGACUCGGGCCGGGCCCAGAAGCACUGUGAGCUUCAUGACCGGUGGUGGUGGGAGAGGGGAGAGAGAGUACUGUGAUGUGAGGCGGCAGGAGGAUGAGGAUGAAGAGGAGGAUAUGGGCAGGGGUGCGGAGUAUGAGUAUGAUGAUAUUGAUAUGGACUCGCCUGGGGGGCAUGGUGGUGCGUAUACAUCAUACAGCCAUGGCAGGAGCGGCAGCGCUGCUGCUAUUCGCCAGCCGCCUCGCCACAUGCCGGCUCCCACACGCGACUAUGAUGACGAGGAUUCGGACCCGGAUGACGUGGAGGAAUACACUCCUGGACCCAAGAAUCAAACUGUAUUGAGGCACCCUUUGGAACCAGGGUUGCUUGAGUAA